AUGUGGGAUACUCCCAUUAGUGUUCCCUAUGAAAAUGUAGUUGGCAUGGUUAAAAGUUUGAAUGAAGUCGAACAACUGAGACAAAAUAUUCAAAAAUUGUUUCCAAAUGUUUUCUUUUUGGAAGUAUUAGGAUGUUGCACUAAAACAAAAGUGAGGAUCAUAGUAAAAGAAAAGGCAACACCUGUCUUUAGGCACAAACAGAACAUGCCAUGUGUAACAUUGGACGAAGUCAAUAAAAAGCUAGAAAGACUAGAAAGUCUAACUAUAAUUGAAAAAGUCUACCAUUCAGACUGGGCAGCUCUGAUGGUUUAUGUAAAGGAAAAAGAUAAUAAACUAAGAGUGUGUGCAGGCUUUCCAAAUGGAUUAAAUGACUGUUUACUCGAACACAACUAUCCAUUAUCAAGCCCAGAAGAAGUGUUCACAAUGCUAAAUUCAGGAAAAUUUUUCUCAAAGUUAGACCUCACAGAGGCCUAUCUACACAUACAGCCCCUGCUUGUAUACGAAAUUGCAACUUUGGCAGUGGAAGCAAAAAUAAAUAGCUACACAAGGAAGUGGCUUGGUGUACCCCCAAGUCUGACUGAUGUUGCUGUCAACUACAUGAGGGCAAAACUAAGAUUACCUCUCAAGUCCUUAGUCAAAGAGUACAAGAUGGGGAAAACGAGACUGCAACAAAUGCUCAAAGACUUCAAAGAUGGCAUGAAGCAUCUCUGCAGUGGUCUCAUGAAGCUCCUUCUGGAAUUCCUUAUGAGAAAUUUCUACAUUCAAAAGAUUGAAUUUAUGUAA